AUGUCUGAGGCAAGUAUUAUGAGCCCUGUUGGACAAGAAAUUGAAGAGCCUUUGAACAGUUCGAUAUUGUUCAAUAGCGAUUCAACAUGCUCUUCAUUAGAGCUUUCUCAAAAUUCGAUAGCAACGGAAGGAAACUGUUCCGACGCGAGCAUGGAUUUUCAAAUUGACCGUUUCUCUGUUUCUGAUACAGAGGCCGACUCUGCGAUUAUACUCUUGAAAAGUCUAAAUAGCGAAUCGCCUUCAUCGUCGUUUGUUUCCCGUCGCAAUGACAAUUCUGCCAUCCUUAGACUAAACAACGAAUUACUGAAAGCAAAGAGAAGCAACUGGGAGGUCGUGGACGCUUUGGGAAAAGCUUAUGAAGACAUCAGGAAUCUCCGACUGCGGGAGCAAAGGCUGAAUGCAAACUUGUCUACCUGCAACGGCAAACGCGUUGAUACAAACGGUUUUCCUGAAAGCCUUUCACCACCUGACAGCAAAAUUAUUGAACUUCAACUUGCCUUAAGAAGAGAAGAAGCCUUUAAAACGAGAGAAGAUUUGCGAACAAUGAUAGAAGAGCGCGACAAAUUAAAAGAAAAACUCGGAAAGAGCGAAAGCGAUCGAAGACUGGUCUCGCUUACAAGCGAUCAGCGCGCAAGAGAGCUCGAGAUUUCUCAGAACUAUAUUAACGAUUUAACAGCUAAUAUCAAAGAGAAAGAUGCUAAAAUAUUUUCAGCUCAGGACAAGUUAAUUUCUUUGGAGCUACAAAUAAAAACGAAAGAUGAGGAAAUGGAGAAAAUCAGUGAAGAGAAAAAUAAUCUGCGCGAUGCAGUGAUUCGGAGCGAGCAAGAAAUAGAAUUUCUGACAGAAAAAUUACGAAAGCUAUCGCUUCCAAAACAGGAACAUGCGAAGUGUUUUACUAAGGGUACAGAUCAUACGCAGGAAAGUCAAAGUUUUGACCAGUCUGACGGGAAAGUCAGCUAUGUUGAGGAAAAUAUGGGGAACUUCUUUAGGGAUGAAACAAGACUUGAAAAGGGGAUGCAGUAUCUGGAAUCAAGACAUAACCAAGACAUGAAAAUCAUCCAGGAGUUGAGUUCCAAGCUUAAAGAGUGGGAAAGGUUUGUAUUUAACAUAGAUAUUGCUUUGACUUACUAGAAUGCAAUAUCGUACUGUCCACCAUAUUGAAUCUAAAUUAAUAUUCACAGCUGUAUUGAUCCUGUUGUGAAAUACUCGACACGGUAAUGAACUGACCCAAAGAAAUUUUAAUAGUUGUUUCUGAGGUGUGUUUUGCCUUUUCUGAUCCCACUUCUUAUGAAAUAAGAAAAACUAAGCUAUGCAGAAAGAAUCUCUUCCUUUUUAUAGAUGAAAAGUCACCUAAAUCAAAUUUUAAUUUGUUGCACUCGAGUACACUAGCUUGACGUGUAUGUCAAAAACACUCGUUCAAAACCUCUCUCUUUGUUUAUCAAAUCCUGACCAAGAAAGUGAUUUAUUAAAAUUGAUCGGGAAGAUUUUUAAUUUUUGCAGAAACUUUGUCGCUCUGUGCACGAUUGAUAGGAGGGGAAAUACGAAGCAUUUUGAUUAGCUUGACCUGCCAUGAAAUAUUGCUCUUUUAUUGAAAAUGAGUCAAUUAUUUUGUUAUUGGUUAAUAUAUACUGUAAAAGUUUGGUCAAUGAUGAAAAAGAUACAAGGUUUAACUGCGGAGACCCUUUAGACUGUGGUGAUUCGGCUUUGCUAAAAAACUGGCCAGAGGUAUGGCCUAUAGUAAUCGGACAAUUGAAAACGGCCCUGAGAGCUAACAAUAAUUGGAAAAUAAUGGAUCGUUUUCUUCUGAACAGAAUGUAAAGAUGUAAGAAAAAUUCUCUGAUUUUGCAAAAGAAAACUGAAUAAUCUUGUCAAGUGCCCUGACAGAACGUACCCAAUUUGUUGGCAUUUUGACCCUCACUGCAGAAAGCUCUUUCCAAAAGCUAAACUGUUUCGGUCAGAAUUAAGUUCUCGGAUUAUGGGGAUUACGUUCUUGGAUGCAAUACUGAAGUUUUAUCAUCACAACGUGAAUUUAACAAAAAAUCUAUCUGUUUUUAUCGACUAAUAAUAAAAAUAUGUAGAGCCUUGAUCCGUUUUAUUAUCGACAUACUAUCCACUGUUGCUAUUGACCUUUCAAAAUAUGACUAAAUCGCUUAUCUCAGAAUUCAAGUCUUUCGUCCAGCAAGCACUAACAAUAAAAAAGUUAACGAAAAAAUCGUGUACACUUUUACACAACGGUGGAGUGCCGCUUAGAAAAAAUUUCCAAAAUUCGGUUAGAAAGAAGAUGGAGAAUGAAAUUAGGGUCGUUACAGAGGAAAAUUAAAUUUCCAGGAAAAACGGAUCGUCUGAAAAGAUUGUCCUAUUUUCCCGGACGGAAUGUUCCAAACGCAAAUUCGUCUCAAUUUCCGCAAACCCCACUUUUUUUUUAAAAUAACCGUUUUCGGCUUUCGACAAGUGAGACUGAUUUGAGCCAAUGGUGGACGCGAUUCUCGAGCGAAAUUUGACAGUCUCUUAGCCAGCUGUUCUAGGCGUUCAGACUGAGUGAGUGUGGCGCGAAGUCACAGAGGUGGGGGAGGGGGGGGGAUAAAAAAAUCAUUAUACCCCACCCCCUCGCUGUUUUCGCUGCUCACUUCUUUUGCGCGGUUCCCAUUAUCUGAACGCCUGCAACAGCAACAGUUCCUUGUUUUGGUUUGUCAUUUUCCCAAACCGUAGAUCGAUCAGUUUGCCCAUGUAUAUAUGGUAGACACAUUUGCAAUUUAUAUAAUAUCAUAUUUUUAUCAACUAUUUCUUCCCACUCUUUCAGGUUCGUGAAGUCCAUGAACGACCAUGCACUCGAUGCGAACCAGCAGCAACUACAAGCCAGGACCAAAAUAGCUGAUUAUAUUAAAAUGCUUGAACAGCAAUUGCAUGAAUUAAAGAACAAUCGACCAAUCUCGAUCGACGAUUAUGGAUACUCAUCAAAAGCUGUCAAACAAAAUGAUUGGGGGGGAUAUACUGAUCAAGAUUUAAGAGAGGACGACCAAGUUUCUCCACAAAUGGUGCAACGGACCCAAGCAGAAAAUGCCAACUUUGAGCGUUACUUAAAAAGUUCUCAGUCAGAUUUCGAUGAGCAAGGUGUUCUGAGAGACGUAAGUGAUCAUGACCCGUUCGAUUCAACUGAUGACAUGGAUGAAGAGGACGAUUUUGAGCUUGCCAGUCGUUUCCGAUCCUCUGCUCGGCACCUUGUGCAACCGGACGAUGUCCGAAUGGCUAGAUUAACAACAAUAGACGGAUUUGUCUGCCCGCAUUCUCCUCCUGGAAUGGAUAACGCAGCGGACAAGAACACACCGAAACGUCCACCUAGGAAGACCGACUCUAGAAAAAGACGGAAGCUUCCAAACGUUACCCGAAAGCUGAGCGGAGAAAGUGGUCAUAGCACAGACAGCUUGGUGACGCGAUCAGACGAAACAGCGUCUGUUACGUCAUUUGAAUCACACAUGUCACGUGAUAAUGCCCGUUUUCGUCGAGGUUCUGGUGGCGGUUCAAAUCGACGUCUUCCCCCAGUCCCCAGCGGUGAGGAAAUUAACUUAAGUAAGCAAAAAAUUGUUGAGGACAGGCCUGCUACAGAACCACCCAGUGUCAUGUCUAUUUACAAGGUUAAGGAGGGACCAAGAAGUGUAAAUAAUCAAAGCCAAGACUCUGGACUCGGUAAAAGCGAGAAGAACGAUCCCUCUUCUCCUUCUCAUGCAAGCCACAAGUUUAGCUUCUCCAGCUUAAGGAGGAAGUUUAGCAAAGGAAAGGAAAGUUCAGGUAAAGAAUAAAUUGAUAAAACUCUUUGUUAUAAGUACAUGUACAGUCCAUUUUUCCCGAUAGAAGCAUUUUACUGUUACUCCCGAAAAAUCGAUCUGCCAAUAGAGCCUUUAUGUUCAGAUCACGUGCAAUCCCAACCGGUUGAUCAGAUCAAAUUGAACUGUUUGGAUCACGUGGCCUAAAUCCCGUGCUGUGAUUGACUACUGCCAAAAGCAAGACCAUACCCUAGUAAUGAGUUUCCAAAAAUUCAAUUGGCCAUUUGCUCAUCUCCCAUAUUACACCUUGUUUGCCGGCAAAAUUUUGUAGAAGCAUUGUCUUUUAUUUCUCGUGGGACCACAGUAAUACCCAAGCGAAAUCAAAAACAACGGUUAUGCAAAGCUUUUUUUUUGGUGGGGGGCGGGGGGGGGGGGCAUACAAGGUGUAUUAUGGGAGAUGUGCAAAUGGCGAAUGUCGGUUUUCCAGCGAGAUCACAAAUAAAUUGACUAUCCUAAAGGGAUACGCCUUUUGCAAUAGUUGGUCACGUGAUCAACUUUUUGUAAACACGAAAACAAUUCAUUUUGGAAAAAUGAUUUUUGUAGGAACUAAAAAAAGCAUAUCAAAAUUAGGUAACCUGUAAUUUUUCAGCCGUAUAUUUCAAAAGUAGCGAUUGCAGUGGCCGACGAAAAUUAGAAGGAUUUGUAUGCGAAAAGCAACUUUAGCCAACCAGUCAUAGUUUAGUGGGUUUUCUUUACAAAUCCAUGUCGUUAAAUCUUUUUCUUAUGCCUUACAGGACACGAAUUGUCUGUUAUGAAACAAAGAAAAUUUGAGCCCCAUAAAGGCUUAGGGAAAGAUUCUACGACAUUUUUUUAAAUUUCAUUAUAUUCAGAAGGAUUCGUAAUUUUAAUAUGCUUUUUCAGUUUCUGUAAAAAUCAUUUUUUUAACGGUAACUGUUUUCGUUUUUACAGAACGUUCAUCACGUGACCAACUACAGAAGAACCCCGAUAACUCGAACUCCGCACUAACUCGAACCAAGUCCCAUUUCCCUUGGAUUUCAACCCACUUUUUAGUCAUUUUUAGUCGGUUAACCCGAGCUCGGAUAACUCGAAUUCCUCGCUUACUAGAACUAAAUUGCUUUUUCCUUGAUCAAAAUUUUAGUGAAAUUUACCCCGAUAACUCGAAUUCUGGUUCUUGCAACUCCACUCGGAUACCAUUCCAUUAGCUCUUAUUGCUGUAUAAUCAGUAAAAAUACUAAAACUAACACUACUGAACAGCAAUUUGAUCUUAAUUGGUGCCCCGAACAGAUCUCGUUUUAUCAUAAAAAAAGCAUAAUCAUGUUAUCGUUUCUGAUGAAAUAAGUUAAAUUUGUACUGGACUAUACACUGAAGUGCUGAAGAAUCAGUAACUAUCAAUUAUUAACAUAGCAAAUUGAAUACCGGUAUUCCAUCGAUCCCGAUAACUCGAACCCCCACUAACUCGAACCGUUUUUCGUUUCCCUUCAGAAUUCGAGUUACCGGGGUUCUACUGUAUUAAAAAGGCCUAUUCAGUUUGUUGCUUUUGGCGAAAGUUGAAUUACUUCGGAACAAAAUUUCUAAAAAGAUCCAAGAGUGCUUUGCCUUUUUCCUUCGCUGAAUCUGUAGAUUAAAUUCAUCUUAUCAACUCCGGCAGUUUAUGAAGCAAAUUUGUAAUAUCUAAACAGGUACUCACGUUGAUGUUGACAGCCUUAGGAAACCUAAAAAGGGACUUUUUAAGCAGAAGCUCUCAUUGUUACGAAGGAGGAAACGCCGCAGAAAUUCAAUAGGUAGCGUAAGCAGUGCUUCGGAAAGUUUUAGAACUAUUACUCCCCUGAACAGUGAUAAGGAAGACGUGGCUGAUAUAGGCAACGAGCCGUUCGACUGGGGGAGGAGUCAGUCUCCAAGAACGAUUUCUACGUCCUAUAAAAAAGGUAGAAGAUUCGUGUCUCAGUUUAUUUUAUUGCUUUAUCUCUAUUUUCAUUUUCUUUUCUGUUUUCAUACUUAAACUAACUAAUUACCUUUAAGACACAUUCUUUGGUGAAAACAUAUUGAGGUUGUCCCGAGGGCAUGACAAGCACUAUAGUCGUCAUCAUUAUCAUCAUCGCGAACUUAGCAUCACUGUUAUCCUUAUCGUUAUCACCUUCACGACGCAUUUAUUGUGAAUAUCGGCAUCAACAUCAUCAUCAUCGUCAUCGUCAUUAUUAUUACCACUAUUAUAAGGGAAGAUUUAUUCUGAACAAGAUACAAGACCUUUUUAGCUUUUAGGUUUUUUCCCAAUUCAGACCACUUGAUGUUUUCAAGGGAAUUUGGGAACGUGGAUAGCGUGACAUUUAAAAGGAAGAAUUCUCAGUUGUAACCCCUGACUCGUGGUCUGCAAUGAGGAAACAAAACAUCAAGCUACACAGAUCUUUAGUCGACAUUAGCUUAUCAAAAAUCUCUCAUGGUUUUAGACCGCUCUUUUGUUUUGAAAAUUACUUUUAAUUAAUUAUUUGUAGAAUUUGUGCGCUUUUAUUCAAAUAUUUGGCCUCUAAUGAACCAUGGAACAUUGAUUUGGAUUUUUGCAGGUGGUGUCUCUCGUAAGUCAAGAAAUGUAUCUGAUAGACAUAGAAGAGCUUGUCUGUGGCUUGUAUUUCAACACUUAAAUCCUAUUGAACUGUGCGGUCUGGCUCGAGUCUGCCGUGAAUGGCGCGAAAUAAGCGAACAUCCCUCCCUAUGGAAGCAGGUGACGUUGGAGGAUAUACCAGUCAAUAAUAUGGUGAGUAGAAACCAAGUAACGAAGGUAAUUUUUUUGAGGAGGGCAUAAGUAUAUUGAUUACAUAGUCGAACCCCGCCCUACGGACACCCGUAUAUAAAACGGACAGUUUUAAUUUUUCCACCAUCGUCUCGAUGGAUUAUCGGCUUUGAUAUAAGUUAUUCACUGUAUCGUCCACCCUUGUGGUAUUCAUUUUACGUGAGUUCUUUUCUUUGUAUAUACCGUAGUAAUAUGUUAAAAGAUCUGCAAAGAGGAAUUAGAAAAACUUAAAACCGGAGUUUGAGUUUUUCUCUUGUUGUUUCAGGCGCUACAGGCCGUUUCCAGAAGAUGCAGUUGCAUGCAAUAUUUAAAGCUGAAAGGUAUUGUUCCAAAAACGAUUUUCUUUUCCAAAUUUUUCCCAAGACAAAACUCAUGAUAAGCACAUGAAAGAUGCCAGUGAAAGAUUUGGUUACUCCAGGUUUAGAAUGCCCUCUCAUAAUGCCCCAGAGAUACUACUCAGCAGAGAUAUAAAACUUUGCUUUUGUCUAUCGGUAUAUGUGGGCCACUUUUAAGGUCCCGUGUUAGCCGGCAGACUUUUUUCCAAAGAUUACUCACAAAGUGACACCACACUCUGGUCCCAUUUGUUAGAAAGGCGGAUAGCGCUAUCCGUCGUAUAAAACAAUCCAAAACAAUUGUUACAGACAAAACUUACGUGAAGCUACUACUAUUGGAGCAGAAGUAAUGACCAGUGAAGCACAUGUCAAGAGAGAAAUUGGUCACGUGGUACAAAUUUACGUUUGCCGUUUGCCGUAAACGUGGCUCAAAAUCACUCUAUUAUAGUAAAUGCGAAAACAUCAUUCCAGAAACUUUAAUUAAAACUAAGCAAUUUAUGCCAUUAAAACUAGUAUUUAUCUUUCAAUAACAAUCCGAAAAAUUUUACCAUUUUUUAGGGCUGAAGAUAACAAAAUCAAGAGGCAAAAACCAUGAUUCCAAACCGGAUGACUUGAGGUAAGGUUAGGGGCAGCCUUGCUCAUUCUUUUCCUUGGGCUUUGACUGCAAAGAGCUACGUUAUGGACCGCUAAAACCAUGUUAGUUGUUCCAAUCCAACGCAACUUUUAUGCCAACCAACAUGUACCAUUGCAAGUGCACAUGCAACAAACUUAAACAUGAAGCCACCUAUUAUAUGUUCUUUAGAUAGACAGGUGCUUUAGAUUGCGUAAAAUACCUUGCUUAGUACAGACUUGCGCAAACGUAUACACCCUGUUUAGGGUAAAAACCCAUGCCCUCGUCAGCGGCAUAUUCCCCUAUAGGCCAUAUGACGAAGUACACCUCCGGGAUUUGAUGGUUAUCACGCUUGCGGGUAGCCAGGCUAUAGAUGGUGGAUCGCUUGCGAAAUUUUUCACAGAAAUAAGUAGAGGCAAGGUUGUUUUAACACGUUCGUGCAAUAACCAAGUCUCAGAUAUAAAAGCUGUUUGACAGGCAGCCAGUUGAGCUUGCGCAAAUAGGAGUGACAAGAUCGUACUUCCUAGAUGGCGCAACAAUUUUGCAAGUGAGACUCUGUAGUAACUGAAGUUUCUCAGUUUACUUUAGAAGCAGAUCAGUCUGGGAUUUACUGACUGACUCAUUUUAUCUUUUAUUUGGGUUCUUGUUUUUUUUUCUCUUAAGUUGCUAUUUAGAAAGAGGCCUGGAGUUUCUUUUAAAGGCAGCCGGAUCCAGUAUGCAGAGCCUUCAUAUUGAAGACUGUGGUAUCUUUUUAACAGAUAGGUACAGUGACUUUGUUUAACGGAAGGAAUCUUAGCACUAACAAUCAUAGCCAGUUAAACUGUAUUAUUCGUUCUCAGCCGUCACUGUACUUUUCUCUCGCAGAUGUUUAUCCCUGGUCGGGUGUUACUGCCGAGAAUUGAAAGAAAUGGUUUACGUCAGUGAUACAUUUCCCGUAUGCCCCGAGGCAUUAUGGGCCUUGUGGGCGUGUCGACAGCUUCACACCCUUCGCGUACCGCCAAUGUUCCCGAGGUGAGACUUGACUCUUUAUUGUUGUCAAUGACUUUCAAACCUUCAAACACCGGUUAUUCAUACCCAAUUACGGGCGCUAAAAUUUUCUUGAUGUUUUCCCAGACCAUAUAUGACGUAAAAAACCCCUAACCUCUUACUACCAAAAUGAGGCCAAUUCGGUGGGUGUGGCAGCCCAAUGUUAGGGCUUUUAACAACGCUUGGGGGUAUACUUUUCAGCAGAGUCUUUCUGUUUAGUUGCGCCGUUCUACUGAGCCACAAUUAUAGGGAGUUUACGCAACGACGACGACGACGACGACGGCAACGAGAAUGGCAAAAAAAGCAAUAGGUUUAAUUUAGACAAGCAAAAUAACAACUUUGCACGUGCAUCACUCUUUUUUGUAGAUUUAUCUGCCGUCGUUGCUCGACUACAACGUGAAACUGCCCAAUUUCACGUUUUGUCGAGGACGGGAACAAAAGACAAUAACUUUCUUUUUUGUUUUCCUGAACUUUGAUGCAGUCCUUUAGAAUUCAAUUCCAAAAAAAUUUGCCAACAUUUGACAAAUUAAACGAGAUGGGAUAAGCGCGAUAAAGUUUGAGGCAGCGCAAAUUCACUUUUUAAGUGAUGUUUUCGUAGCCGUCGCCGCCGUCGUUGCGUAAACUCCCUAACGGCAAAACAGCUGUCUACGGCUACAGCCCUGCUCUGGGUUGACUAGUUGAAACUUGAUUUACCCUGCCAUUUUCCCAACCAGUCAGAGUCAAGACCAAUGUGUCUUUCCCACGAUCCUCGAUUCCUUUUUAUAUUCCAAUGGCUCCGAAUUAUCUGGCGUUUUGCUGCCAUGUAGAAGCCAAUCGACAAAUCUCUUUUUGGACGUUGGCUUUUUCUGAAAUACGCAGCUUCGAUUUCCCACAAACAGAGUAACCGAAAAGGACUGAAGGCGGUAAUUAAUGUGCUUGUUUUUCCCUUAAUACUGAAUUCAUUUCAUUUUCUUUCGUACAAGUUAUCAUCCAGGACGUUUUAACGACAAGAGCUUGGAAAUGAUAUCCAACUGCUGGCCAAACUUGCGUCAGCUGACAGUCGGCGGCCCCAGCAUCACCUCUGCAGGACUAAUUCACAUUGGUAAACUGCACUAAACUAUUUUAUCUUAUCACAACUCCCAUCCUUCACUCUGCAGGACGCGUGUUCGCAAAAUCAAAUCGAAUUAAAUCAGAUUUAUUUCCUUGUGCCACUAAUAGGUUUUACAACUGGCAUCUUCUAAUUAUUUUUAACCAGAGACAACAGUAGCUGCUAUUAUUCCACCCCGAGUAAGCAAACAUUUCAGCAAACCUCCAAUAUGAUAAAACUUUUCCAAUAGAUGGGGAUGAAAACCAUUCGCUGGCGAUUCGCGUAGAAGACAGGAAAAAGUAGAACGAGCAAAAUUUGACAAGCAAUAUUAACAGCGCUGUAAAAACCUUCAGACGUAGAUUCAGAAUGUAUGUCUAGGAGGACGAUCAAGAAUCAUUCCUGUGAACUAAAGAUAGGCCAUAGGUUGAGAUUUCAAACUCUAGAUGUCAGGAAUACUUCAAGGAAAAUGUAAUAACUCGCUCUUUCAAAGAAUCGGUUAUGAACAGAAAGUACUUCAUUUUCUUCAACCGUCAACUGUUCUUUUCUGUUUAUAUGAGAUUUUUUACUGUGAUAUAACUAUUUAUAAGAGAUUUUAACACUGUUUUCUUGCCUUUUCUUGUUUUAAAUCACAUCAUUAAGCCAAAGGUUGUUUGAGACUUCAAGAACUAGAGCUGGAUCGUUCAAUAUUAAUAAAUGAAGAAAUCGCCCACGCCAUGUGCUUGUGUGGACUGAGAGGACUGGAAACGAUUUCCUUCACCUUCACCCCAGUCUCUCCCGGCGCAAUUAAGGAGCUGCUAGGUAGUGUAAAGCCACGUUAUUUUGAUUUCUAGCCUAGCUAACAUUUUAUAUCUUAUGUAAACCGUUCGUCACGUUUUUUAAGGAAAUGUAUAAGAAGUUGGCUCUGGACUGCGAGCAGUCUCUUAUUUUCCUUGGCCAAGUUACUGACGCAAAACCCAAGCACGCGAGCAACAAAGCCGCGAGCCACGAUAAAUGAGGGCGUAAUCGGUUAUUGUAAUGUCAUGGUUUGCAGUCGGACUGGCUGAGAUAAGAACUAGACUGAUAUUAAGAGAAAAGGCGGACUGCAAGCAGUUUAAGUUGGCUCAGUCUCCCAGGGUAACUCAGGUAGGGGGAUGACCCUUCUACCCGGAAAAAUUUUUUUUCAUAUAAACGGAGCCUAAAGUAGAUUUUUUCAGAAUUUUUUCUAGCUGUUCAAAUUUUUCACAAUUACAAGUAUGGUUCGCAGUUUUCAACACUGAAGAAUGCGGCGUUUAAUGAUAGCGCUGCUAGCUUGUUCCAGAACAAACUAACAGCUGUGACAGUUUUACUCGAUUUACUAAAACUUUAAGUUCUUUCUUUGAGUAGAAUAAUAGUUAUUUUCUUGCUCUGAUAAGUUGUAACAAGCACCACCCUAGAUUAGGCGAGUACUUAUGGUCUCCGGCCAGACUGGAUGACGUUCGCUAACUUUUCCUUUACUGGCUUUUAGGGGCUUGUCCGCGAUUAGAGCGUAUCGAAGUGCACAUUGGGAUAUCAGAUUACUUCACAGAUGUUGAAGGUGAAGUCAGCCAGAGAAAAUACAGGCGCAUUGUCAAGAAACUUACAGUAAGGACAUGAUUUGCUUUUGUAAUAUUCAACUACAAAACGUUUUGUGGACUGUCAGGGGUGGGGGUAGUCCUCUAAAGAAGGCCACGCAGUUUCUUGUUAGGAGCUAUUUGUUAAGUUGAAAUCCGUUAGGAAAUUGGGUAAUUUUAAUAUUCAGUGGACGAAAACCUUGUACCAGAAUAAUUUCAAGCAUAUUGCAUUCUUUUUCACACUUUUCAAGGGCUAUAAAUGUACUAAGUUGUAGAAACGAGAAAGAAAGAACGUCAAAAAAGCAAUAGUUUAAAUAGGCAAAACAACAACUUUGCAAGUGCAGCAAAGAGAGUUCGCUGGCUUACAUUUGACAAAGUAAAUGAGUUGUAGAUUGAAACAACGCAAAGUCACUUUUUAAGCAACGUACUCGUGGCCGCCGCCGUCGUGGUAAAACGUCCCUAAAUUGAGAUGUCAUUUCUCUUUUUUGCUUCAUUAUUAUUCAGUUAGGGUCGAUUAAAACUAGCAAUUUUAAAAUAUUGUUGUCUCUAUCGUUUUUGUUUAGGCUUUACAAGAAGAGAACAAAGAAUUUGCACGAGUUCUUUGGAUAAAGUCAGAUUACGGAUAA